AGGAAAGAGAGGAAACAAAUGCAAAAGCCUUUCAACCCCACAAUGAAAAUUCUUUCAAGACAUAUAGGACUCUUUGGGUUUCUUCAACCUCAUCUGGGAAAGCAAAUAGGACUCUGAAAGCUUCAACAAAGGGUCUUGUUUUUGGGUGUAUGAGCAAAGCAAGAAGUAGGACAAAGUGAAAGAGAGAAAAGGGAUUUCCUUUUCUUUGGUGUUAUAAUUUUUUUUGUGGGGAGGGAAGGGAUGAAGUGGGGUGUUUUGCAGAGCUGAUCAGUGUAACAAAUGAUGGCUGGAAACCCUAACUGGUGGAGCAUGAAUAACAUGCGACCACCCUCAUCGCAGCAGUCUUCUUCUGCUUUCUUAUCUCCCCCCACUCUCUUCUCUCCUAGAUAUGUACCUGAAUCUUCUUCAUCACUGCCUUUCAAUUCUUUGGCUGACACCCCAGACCUUCCACACUCAUGGAGCCAGCUACUUCUGGUUGGAUCAUCAGGUGAGGAAGAUAGGUUUGGUUCAAGUGAUUUUCAAGCUAAGAAUGUGGAAUGGGAAGACCAAAUCUUGAAUCCAUCCCAGAGGGUUCCCGCAGUUGAUGUAAAGCAAGAAGUAGUGUCUCAAAGUAGUCACCCCUAUAAUCAUGGAGAAGAAGGCUUUCAGACAUCAAGACCUCCUUGGUCCCAAAUCAUGCCAGUUUCCUCUCCUAGGUCGUGCGUUACAAACUUGAGCACUAACAUAUUAGACUUCUCUAACAAGGCUGGUGUUAGGAAUCAACAUGCAGAUCAUUCAACUGAGUGUAAUAGCACGGCGACUGGUGGGGCAUGUAAAAAGGCUAGGGUUCAACCCUCUCCUAGCCAACCACCACUAAAGGUGAGAAAGGAGAAGCUGGGUGAUAGAAUAACAGCCCUUCACCAGUUAGUUUCCCCAUUUGGAAAGACUGACACUGCUUCUGUCUUGUUAGAAGCUAUUGGGUAUAUCAGAUUCCUUCAGGGUCAAAUUGAGGCCCUUAGCUCUCCGUACUUGGGCAAUGCAUCAGGAAACAUGAGGAACCAACAGUGUGUUCAAGGCGAAAUGAAUUGUAUAUUUCCCAAAGACCCUGGUCAGCUCCUGAACGACAACUGCCUCAAAAGAAAAGGAUCAGCACCUAAUCAGCAGGAUACACAAGAUGCACCAAAGGACUUGAAGAGUAGAGGGUUGUGCCUGGUUCCGGUUUCGUGCACUCAGCAGGUUGGAAGUGACAAUGGAGCCGAUUAUUGGUCUCCAGCUCUCGGUGGAGGGUUUUGAUCCGCGGUACAUGUGUGGUUGUGUAGCAUGCUCAAGCUUUCAUGGAAUGAGAUAAUAUCAUGAGCAGUCACUCUGCUAAUUUCUAAGGGUGAUUGCUCAUGAUGCUAUGCAUUCUAGACAGGAAGCCAGUGUGCUAUAUUUUACUGAUGACCUCUUUCAUAUACAGUUGCUGUACUCUAUAUAUACAAUUUUAAGAUUUAAGCUAUCAUACAGAGCUUCAUGUGUGUGAAGUUCAAUCACUAUUUUAUGCUGAUCAUCACAAGCACUUUCCAGUGAGUA